UCCUGAGGGAGUCCCUCCAAGGCCCCUAGGAGCAAGGCGUCUCCAGGCAUUUGUUCCUGGUAACAAGCGCUUCUAAGGUGAGCGCUUAGAAGAACUUAAGAGAGGCGGGGAGCUCUGCAAAGGGCUUAUUUUAAAAAGAAAGGAAAAAAGGGGAGGCGUGCCGUCUAGCUUUUUAGAAUAAUUAUGUAAGAAAAUAAAUCGGAGCGAAAAGCCGUACCCUCUCUUCAGCGCUUCUGGACUGGAAAGUGCCUGCCCACUACGCCCAGAAAAAGACAGUGACUCUUCACCCACCCCGCCGCACGUUUCGGCACCUAAUUCCGCCAGGCUCCCAGAGGGGCGGGUGCAGCUACACUCUAGCAUGCCGUGUAGCCAAUAAUAAGCCAGAAUUCCCUCCCAGUCUCAAAUUCUGACCAAUCGAUGGCCUGAACUUUAGCUCUCUGGCCCGGGCCUCCGUUGUCCGGAAGGGAGGCAAGCAGUCUUAGAGUCGCCAGUAACGGACAUGGCUGCGGCCCCCGGAGGAGGGGACGUGAAGUGAGGAGGGGGCUGGGAGGGGAGAGGACGCGGGCGAGGAAGACAGGCCCCCGGGCCCCGGACCAGCACCAUUUAAGACACUGCUUAUUUACAAAAUGAGGAUAAUGACUAUAUGUACAUAUUCAGACAUCAAAAUUUAAUGACAUUCUGUUUUUGAGAAGGGAAGACAAUGCCGGAGAAAGUAAAACUUGACUGAAAUGCUGACAGGUUGGAGGACAAAUUUGAAGACAGUGGAAUAAACUAUGAACUAUGCUAAUGAUGCUGUGACUGUGACAGACUGACUGGGGUUUGUACAUGUUGGGGAGGAGCCUUCCUUUCGGGAGUGACCACAUUAAUCUGGGCAUGCCUGCAGUAGUCUUGUUCCAUGGACCUGAAGGAGAAGCACCUGGGCGAGCCUCCCUCGGCCCUGGGCCUGUCCACAAGGAAGGCCCUCAGCGUCCUGAAGGAGCAGCUGGAGGCAGUGCUGGAGGGACAUCUCAGGGAGCGGAAGAAGUGUCUGACCUGGAAGGAGGUGUGGAGAAGCAGCUUCCUCCACCACAGUAACCGCUGCUCCUGCUUCCACUGGCCAGGGGCCUCACUCAUGCUGCUGGCAGUGCUGCUGCUGCUGGGCUGCUUCGGGGGGCAGCCGGCCGGGAGCCGUGGGGUGGGGCUGGUGAAUGCCUCGGCCUUGUUCCUGUUGCUGCUUCUCAACCUUGUGCUCAUUGGGCGGCAAGACCGGCUGAAGCGUCGGGAGGUAGAGCGGAGGCUGCGCGGGAUCAUUGACCAAAUCCAAGAUGCCCUCAGGGAUGGCAGGGAGAUCAAGUGGCCCAGUGCCAUGUAUCCAGACCUCCACAUGCCCUUUGCGCCAUCCUGGUCCCUGCACUGGGCCUACAGAGACGGACACCUGGUCAACCUGCCAGUCAGCCUGCUGGUUGAAGGAGACAUCAUAGCUUUGAGGCCUGGCCAGGAAUCCUUUGCUUCUCUGAGGGGGAUCAAGGAUGACGAGCACAUUGUCCUGGAGCCGGGAGACCUCUUCCCCCCCUUCUCCCCUCCACCCUCACCCCGGGGAGAAGUGGAGAGAGGGCCACAGAGCCCCCAGCAGCACCGGCUUUUCCGUGUCCUUGAGACCCCUGUGAUUGACAAUGUCAGAUGGUGCCUGGACAUGGCCCUGUCCCGUCCAGUCACUGCCCUGGACAAUGAGCGGUUCACAGUGCAGUCGGUGAUGCUACACUAUGCUGUGCCCGUGGUCCUGGCUGGCUUCCUCAUCACCAAUGCCCUGCGCUUCAUCUUCAGUGCCCCGGGGCUCACUUCCUGGCAGUACACCCUCCUCCAGCUCCAGGUGAAUGGUGUCCUGCCCAUCCUCCCCCUGCUCUUUCCAGUCCUCUGGGUUCUGGCAACUGCCUGUGGAGAGGCCCGUGUCCUGGCCCAGAUGAGCAAGGCCUCGCCCAGCUCCCUGCUGGCUAAGUUCUCAGAGGACACUCUCAGCAGCUAUACGGAGGCCGUCUCCUCUCAGGAAAUGCUGCGCUGCAUUUGGGGCCACUUCCUGAGGGUGCUCCGGGGAACGUCACCCACUCUGAGCCACAGUUCCAGCCUGCUGCACAGCCUAGGCUCUGUCACGGUCCUGUGCUGUGUGGACAAACAGGGGAUCCUGUCAUGGCCAAAUCCCAGCCCAGAGACUGUGCUAUUCUUUAGUGGGAAGGUGGAGCCCCCUCACAGCAGCCACGAGGACCUCACGGAUGGCCUGUCCACCCGUUCCUUCUGCCAUCCCGAGGUAGAGGAGGAGCCCCAUGAACGAGACGCCCUCCUGGCUGGCUCCCUGAACAACACCCUGCACCUUUCCAAUGAGCAGGAGCGCGGUGACUGGCCUGGGGAGACUCCCAAGCCCUCUGAGCCCUAUUCUUACCACAAAGUGCACAGCCGCAGCAAACACCCAUCCGGCUCCAACGUGAGCUUCAGCAGGGACACCGAGGGUGGUGAAGAAGAGCCCAGCAAGACCCAGCCUGGGAUGGAGGGCGACCCCUAUGAAGCAGAGGACUUUGUGUGCGACUACCACCUGGAAAUGCUGAGCCUGUCCCAGGACCAGCAGAACCCUUCCUGCAUUCAGUUUGAUGACUCCAACUGGCAGCUGCACCUCACGUCCCUCAAACCCCUCGGCCUCAAUGUGCUGCUGAACCUGUGUAACGCCAGCGUCACCGAGCGACUGUGCCGGUUCUCCGACCACCUGUGCAACAUCGCCCUGCAAGAGAGCCACAGUGCUGUGCUGCCCGUGCAUGUGCCCUGGGGCCUCUGCGAGCUCGCCCGCCUCAUUGGCUUCACUCCUGGGGCCAAGGAACUCUUCAAGCAGGAAAACCACUUGGCACUGUACCGCCUCCCCAGUGCCGAGACAGUGAAGGAGACCUCGCUGGGGCGGCUCUCCUGUGUUACCAAGCGGCGCCCUCCCCUCAGCCACAUGAUCAGCCUCUUCAUUAAAGACACCACCACCAGCACAGAACAGAUGCUGUCCCAUGGCACUGCUGACGUGGUCUUGGAGGCCUGCACAGACUUCUGGGAUGGAGCUGACAUCUAUCCUCUCUCGGGAUCAGACAGAAAGAAAGUGCUGGAUUUCUACCAGCGAGCCUGCCUGUCUGGGUAUUGCUCCGCCUUCGCCUACAAGCCCAUGAACUGUGCCCUGUCCUCUCAGCUCAAUGGCAAGUGCAUUGAGCUGGUACAGGUGCCCGGCCAGAGCAGCAUCUUCACUACGUGCGAGCUGCCCAGCACCAUCCCCAUCAAGCAGAAUGCACGCCGAAGCAGCUGGAGCUCUGAUGAAGGGAUCGGGGAGGUGCUGGAGAAGGAAGACUGCAUGCAGGCCCUCAGCGGCCAGAUCUUCAUGGGCAUGGUGUCCUCCCAGUACCAGGCCCGGCUGGACAUCGUGCGCCUCAUUGAUGGGCUGGUCAAUGCCUGCAUCCGCUUUGUCUACUUCUCUUUGGAGGAUGAGCUGAAAAGCAAGGUGUUUGCAGAAAAAAUGGGCCUGGAGACAGGCUGGAACUGCCACAUCUCCCUCACGCCCACUGGUGACAUGCCUGGCUCUGAGAUCCCCCCUUCUAGCCCCAGCCAUGCAGGCUCCCUGCAUGAUGACCUGAAUCAGGUGUCUCGAGAUGAUGCAGAAGGUCUCCUCCUCAUGGAGGAGGAGGGCCACUCGGACCUCAUCAGCUUCCAGCCUACGGACAGCGACAUCCCCAGCUUCCUGGAGGACUCCAACCGGGCCAAGCUACCCCGGGGUAUCCACCAAGUGCGGCCCCACCUGCAGAACAUUGACAACGUGCCCCUGCUAGUGCCCCUCUUCACCGACUGCACCCCGGAGACCAUGUGUGAGAUGAUAAAGAUCAUGCAAGAGUACGGGGAGGUGACCUGUUGCCUGGGCAGCUCUGCCAACCUGCGGAAUAGCUGCCUCUUCCUCCAGAGCGACAUCAGCAUUGCCCUGGAUCCUCUGUACCCAUCCCGUUGCUCCUGGGAGACCUUCGGCUACGCCACCAGCACCAGCAUGGCCCAGGCCUCGGAUGGCCUUUCUCCCCUGCAGCUGUCGGGGCAGCUCAAUAGCCUGCCCUGCUCCCUGACCUUUCGCCAGGAGGAGACUAUUAGCAUCAUCCGGCUCAUUGAACAGGCUCGGCACGCCACCUAUGGCAUCCGUAAGUGCUUCCUCUUCUUGCUGCAGUGCCAGCUGACUCUCGUGGUUAUCCAGUUCCUUUCUUGCUUGGUCCAGCUGCCACCACUCCUGAGUACUACUGACAUCCUGUGGCUGUCCUGCUUUUGCUACCCUCUGCUCAGCAUCUCACUGCUGGGGAAGCCCCCCCAUAGCUCCAUCAUGUCUAUGGCAACAGGGAAAAACCUUCAGUCCAUUCCUAAGAAGACUCAGCACUACUUCCUGCUCUGCUUCCUACUCAAGUUCAGCCUCACCAUCAGCUCAUGCCUCAUCUGUUUUGGCUUCACGCUGCAGAGCUUCUGUGACAGCUCCCGGGCCCACAACCUUACCAACUGCUCAUCCAUCAUGCUGCCCAGCAACAACGACAGGGCUCCAUCCUGGUUUGAGGACUUUGCCAACGGACUGCUGUCGGCUCAGAAGCUCACGGCCGCCCUGAUUGUCCUGCACACUGUCUUCAUUUCUAUCACCCACGUGCAUCGCACCAAGCCCCUGUGGAGAAAGAGCCCCUUGACCAACCUCUGGUGGGCCGUGACAGUGCCUGUGGUGCUGCUGGGUCAGGUGGUCCAGACAGCUGUGGACCUGCAGCUGUGGACACACAGGGACAGCCAUGUCCACUUUGGCCUGGAGGAUGUGCCCCUGCUGACAUGGCUCCUGGGCUGCCUGUCCCUGGUCCUUGUGGUGGUCACCAAUGAGGUCGUGAAGCUACAUGAGAUUCGGGUCCGAGUCCGCUACCAGAAGCGACAGAAGCUGCAGUUUGAAACUAAGCUGGGCAUGAACUCUCCCUUCUGAGCCACUGGCUGUGUGGCCACAGUUGCCUCCAUCCCUGGGGCAAAAGCCAGACCCAUUUCUGGGUCUGGGAGUUGGUAUCAUGAAUGUUUCCGGGUUUGCUCCUACCCCCAUGGCACUGGAAGCCCAGCUCCCCGCAUCAGACCCCGCUGUCUUCCUGAGCCCUGGGGCUUACUGUGGAGGAGCUGACGGGUUGGGCCCUUGGCCAGUCCUGGCUCUUACGUGGGCCUCACCAGAGGAACUCUUGAAUGUAUGGCCUCAGGUGCUCCCUAGAGGGGCCCUCACCCCCUCACCUGUGGGCUGCCCCCUUGGGGACCCCUUGCCCCCCAGUGCCUCUGCUGUGGGUCCCUGGACAUGGCCUUGAAGUGAACCUUCUUUGGAGGAGCAACAGCAGCAGCAACCUUGGCCGAUGUGUCCAACUCCCAAGGCUGCUGUGGAGGGCAGGGUGGUGCUGCAUGCUCCUCAUCCCAUCCUCCUGGGGCAGGGGCCUGGAUGUGGCCCUGACUGCCUCCCCUCCCUCCCUCUGUGGGGGAGUCUCCCACCUGAUGAAGAUGGAGCAGGGCCCCCACUUCGCCCUGGAGCCUAUUCUGUGCCUGGCUCAAGCUGCCUGCCUCUGUCUUAGGGAAUCUGGCCUAGGUCUCCUCAGCCCCUGCCCCAAUUCUGGGAGAAGUUUCUACUGGUGUAUAUUUUUUACUGGAAAUGAGCCUUUUAGGAAUGAAUGUAGACUGGUUUGUAUUAAAAUGUGUCAAUUGCUUAAGAAACACCUGUGGCUGGUCCGUAAGGCCACUCCAGGGUCUGCUCACCCAUGGCAGUGGCUGGCAAAGGGAGGCGUAAGCCUUCCUCCAUCUGCACUGGCAGGUCUCUCAGGUCUGGCUCAGCUGAGACCCAUGGGGUCAGGGUUCCCCGUGUCACAGAGGCAAACACACAGCCCGGUCACGUGGAAUGGUGUUUUCAUUGGUGUUAGUUAGGGCAAGAGGUUAAUGGUUACAGAGCCAGGGCCUGGGCCAACGGGGUCAGGCUCCCAGCCCUCAGGUGGGCAGUGGGGGCUUCUGCUGUGGUCUGAGGCCCCUCUCCCAUUGCAUCCUCUCAGGUAGUUAAUAGAAUAAAUUCCAUUUAAAAUAUA